CGUCUGCGCGUUCAGUUUCUUAUGUCGUGGAUCUGAGCUAUGAAUAGAAACAAGCUGACCUUCACUAGUGAAUAACGUAAUGUGCCUUUGUUAUACUGCGCUUCCAGCAAGAAACAGCCACACAGUCAUGACUUCAUUGCCGUAAACCAAAAGAAACCCCGAUGCCGAAUGAGACUUUCAAUGGAAAAGAUCAAGGGCUUCCUGCUUGAUAUCACUGGAGUCUUGUAUGAGAGUGGCUCAGAUGGAGGGAAAGCAAUUGAAGGAUCAGUGGCUGCUGUUCAGAGGUUAAGGGAUAAUGGAUAUGCUGUGCGAUUUGUCAGCAAUGAGUCUCAGACCACCAGAGAAGGUAUCAUGAAUAAGUUGAAGAAACAUGGAUUUCAAAUGAUAAAGGAGGAGAUUUUCACUCCUUGCCCUGCUGUGCUGAAAAUUGUCAGGGAGAGAGACCUUCGGCCUUUUUUGAUAGUGCAUCCUGACGUUCUCCCAGACUUUGAGGGCAUUGGCACCUCCAAUCCAAAUUGUGUUAUUCUUGGAGAUGCUGUUGGUGAUUUCACUUAUGAGAAUCUCAACAAAGCAUUCCGCAUCCUUGUUGGACAGGAAAAGCCUCUGCUUUAUUCUCUUGGCAAAGGGAAAUUCUAUCGGGAGAAUGAUCAUCUAACACUUGAUGUUGGACCAUUCACUGCAGCUCUGGAAUAUGCAUGUGGUGCUGAAGCUACCGUGGUUGGAAAGCCAAAUCCUGAGUUCUUCCUCACUGCUGUAAGGGAUCUAAAUCUCCAACCCAAUGAGGUGGUGAUGGUAGGGGAUGACAUUGAGAGUGAUGUUGGAGGAGCUCAAGCUUGUGGUAUCAAGGGCAUUCUUGUACGUACAGGCAAGUACAGGCCUGAGAAUGAACAGCAUUUAAUCAAGCCAUUUGCAGUUGUUAAUAACCUAGCUGCUGCUGUAGAUUUUGUGUGCAGACUAUGAUCUUAAACAUUCCAUUUAUCAGUAGCAAUACUUUGCAGUUUUGAAUUUAGCAUGCCUCAGAACACAGAGAUGCAGAACCACCUUCUACAUCUCCACAACAUUAGGUUUGUUUGGAUCCAUACCUUUCAUCAUUUCUGUCUGUUCAUUGUCAUUUAUGCACAUAUUGUCAUUGUAUUAAUGCAUUGAGUGGUGCUGUAUUUAGUCAGCC